UGCCUGUUGGUGCACUGAGAAGCCUGAGGGUAUCCCGGACCUCUCUCUGCUUCGUUCAUUUCGUUUCUCAGUAUACUUUAGGUACUACUCAGUACUGUGGUUCGAAAUGCGCAGUAGAAGGCUGCCCCUGGCGGCGGCUCCCUUCAUCUUCCUCCUGGUGCUGGCAAGUCUGUAUCUUGGGCGAGAUCGUCUGUCUUGGUUCCCGAGCUCUCAGAGACAGCCGAUACCAUUGAAGCAGCUCGCUCAACAGGUGGUGGGAGAUGGCGCCGUUCUUUCAUCGGCCAACAUCACCGAGUAUCUCGAGGCCAUCUACCAUGUGAAGCCAGACUCGAGAUUGACACCUCGCCUCGAGUGCCCUGCUAUCAACGCUACACGAUAUAAGACGUUGAAAAACAAACAGAAGAAGAAGUCAUCAGGGCGGCCGGCACCAUCCUCUCCUCCUGCUCGUCCCGCUUCACCCUCGUCGUCUUCACGUUCAUCUCCAUCCUCGUCAUCUUCACCUGUAUCGGUGUCUAAAUUACUAUCGGCGUCCAAGUCAUCGUCAUCGUCAUCGUCAUCAAAGCCAACGGCCACUCCUGCUCCUCGCUCACUCAACAGUCCGGCCUCUGAGAUCCGGUACUUCUUCGCCCUUGAUUUGCGAAAUUGCAUCGAUCUCCUCCCCCGCCUCAUGGGCAGCAUCAUCGAGGCCAUGCAAUUUCUCGGCCCUCGCUCAUGUGCCCUCUCCAUUGUAGAGGGAGACUCUCCCGACGGCACUGGAGACAUACUCGCCGCCCUACGCCCCAGCCUCGAGGCGCUGGGCGUCACUUACAUCUACAACUCUUCGACCGUCAAGUCCGCCGAGGGUGAUCGCAUCGCCAAGCUUGCAAAGCUGCGCAACAUGCCCCUGGAGCCGAUUUUUGAGCAGUCAAUCCCCAUCGCCGACGACGCCAGCGUCGUCUUCCUCAACGACGUGGCUGCCUGCGCCGAAGACAUUCUCGAGCUGAUCCUGCAGAAGCAGGAGCUCAACGCCGACAUGACCUGCGCCAUGGACUGGACGUACCCCGGCGACGAGCCCAACUUUUACGACGUCUGGAUCGCGCGCGGCAUCAACGGCGACUCGUUCUUCCACAUCCCGGCCAACGGCAACUGGGGUGAGGCGCAAAACCUCUUUUGGAACGCGCCGGACACGAGGUCCCGCUUUGAUGAGCUGCGCCCCUUCCAGGUGUUUGCCUGCUGGAACGGCGCCACGGUCUUUAGCGCAAAGCCCAUUGUCGAGGGCCUUCAUUUCCGCACAAACUACCACAAGACGGGCGAGUGCUUCCAGGGCGAGCCGGUGCUGUUCUGCAAGGACAUGUGGUGGCGCGGCUACGGCAAGAUUGCGGUCGUGCCGAGCGUCAACCUCGAGUACACGGACAAGAACGGCAAGCGGAUCAAGCAAGACAAGGGUUUCGUGUCGGACAUUGUUGCGGAACAGGACCCGCGCGACGACUUGAUUGAUUGGACGGGCCCGCCGGAUACCGUUCGAUGCAUGCCGACCUGGAAGGACCAGUUUUUCCAGCGGUGGAAUAAGAGCUUAACGGAAUAGAUUUUUUUGCUUUGUUUUAUGAUUUAUUAUUAUGGGAAGGGGAUAAACAUAAACCCCGCAAUGGCACUUGAAAAACGAUACGUGUAAAUAAUAAAUAAUGUACGCCGUUAUGGUAUUGUACUGGUUGGUUGGGCAUAUAUAGAGAGUCUCUUGGGGUUGUUCUUGGUUAUUUCUGCAUCUUUUUCACAAAACAAGCCUGCAUCUUUUGCUUUAUUCAAAUCAUUGUGUUUUCAAUUGUUUGUACAUAUUAUACAUUUCAUCAGACAUUAUUCUUCAUUUUUCCAAUCUCGAUCCCAGCUCAAUUGGAGCUUCCUCGUCCGCCCUGGCCAACGUUGGGGCCCUGCUUGAUGCCCUGGCUCUGUCCCCCGCUGGCGUUUACGUCUUGCAGCCCGGCGCCCUUUUCAUGCAGGCCCUCUGGCAGGGGCGCAGU